CGUAAGUUACCUGAACUGGUUAUUGAGAAACCUUUUGAUGAAAGCUUUAGUAUGCUAGAGUGCCCAAAUCAAUAAAAAAGUAAAUUACGUUAUAUUUACAUAAAAAAGUAUCUAUAGCCAUUUUAAAUUGUUGUAAUGAAAAGUUUUAAUGGCACAGACUUAGUUCCAUCUUAAACCUAAUUUAGUAUGGAUCUUAACGUGUUGUUGGAGUAGAACUUAAAAUCUGAAGUUCAUGUUUCCAGGGGAAUCUUUAAUAUGAUGCACGCGCGAUAGGAGCCAACAGUUGAAGGGUACUGGAUGCGUGAGGUUUAUUAUGGCAUCCAGUAUCAACUUUAAAAAUGGACUUUUAUACACCACAAAAUGCUUUCGGUUAAAUAUUCCUUAUCCCACAUGUGUACAGAGGCCAGCAGAGAUUAAAUGCAUCAGAGCAUUAACAAACACGGCAGGUCAACACCAUGAAAAAUACUGCAUUGAUAUUGUGAGGAAGAAGGACUAUGAGGGAUUUUUGUGUUCACUUCUUCUACCUGAUGAUGCUCGCCGCUCCUCAUUGGCACUAAGAGCGUUUAAUGUGGAAGUGGCACAGAUUAAGGACUCUGUUUCCCAGAAAACCAUUGGUUUAAUGCGGAUGCAGUUUUGGAAGAGCGCUGUAGAAGAUAUUUACAGAAAUGACCCUCCAGCCCAGCCUGUCGGUGCAGAACUAUGGAGGGCUGUAAGGAAACACACAUUAACAAAGAGGUGGAUGUUAAGAAUUAUAUCUGAAAGAGAGAAAGACAUUGAGGACAGAGCGUACAGGAACCUCCAGGAGCUUGAGGCAUAUGGUGAAAACUCACAGUCCUCUCUUCUCUACCUGCUGCUGGAGACUCUCGGUGUAAAAAAUGUCCAUGCAGACCACGCUGCCAGCCACAUUGGCAAAGCCCAGGGCAUCCUGACCUGCCUCAGGGCCACUCCCUACAACAGCAGCAGGCGCAAGGUCUAUCUGCCCAUGGACAUCUGCAUGCUGCAUGGUGCAUCUCAAGAGGACUUCAUACGUGGCAGCAGAGAGCAGAACAUUAAGGAUGUUGUCUUUGACAUCGCAAGCCAAGCUCAUGUCCAUCUUGAACACGCUAGAUCAUUUAUCAAGAACGUUCCACAUGCAGCCAUGCCUGCCUUCUUGCAAACGGUUGCAUUGGAGGACUACUUGCACAGAAUGAGGAAAGCAGAUUUUGAUGUGUUCCACCCCAGUCUACAGAAGAGAAAUCCACUGCUUCCCCUUCAGUUGUAUUUACGCUCAUGGAAGAAGACUUACUGAUUUGUUUUAUUGAAAUAUGAGUUAAUAUAU